CAGAGAGAGAUAGAGUGCAGCAGCAGUAGUAGUCAUUUCUUCUGAAAAUGAAGAAGAAAAAUAACAACAAAGGUAAAAUAUACCCAUCUCCAUCUCCACAUUCAUCAUCAUCACCUUGUUCUUCUAUUUCAAGAUAUGAUUUUGGUCCACACAGAGAUGCAUUAUCAGUGUUCAAGGUAUUACCAGUUACAAUCUUAACAUUAGCAUCUCUUCUUACUCUUGAAGAUAGAGAGGUACUAGCUUAUCUCAUUACCAGGUCCAUUAUUACAACAGAAACAACAAACCCAGAAGCAGAUUCUUCCAAAAACAACAACAAGAAGAAAAAGAAACAUAAAUCUCCAGACUUUGAAUGUGGGUGUUUUGAAUGUUAUACAAGUUACUGGUAUAGAUGGGAUUUGUCACCAAAUCGGCAGCUUAUUCAUCAAGCCAUCGAAGCUUUUGAAGAACACUUGACAAAUCUUGAAAUAGUGAAGAAUAGUAGUACUAGUGGGAAGAAGAAGAGAGCAGACAAAAUGGGUUCGAGAGUUAAGGGGAAAAUUUCAAGUAUUGAUGAUGAAAAACAGAGUAUUUCAUACACACAAUCACCAUUGCCUGUGAAGAGCUUGUUUCAUACUGAUGAUUUUGGAAACGAGGCUGUAGAAGAAGAGGUGGUGGUGGAAGAGGAAAAGGGGUUAUUGGUGGAGGAUUUGAUUAGUAGUGGUGGUGGUGGUGGUGGGGAUGAAACAGGGGAAAUGGUGCUUGUGGUGAUGAAGAAGAAGAACAGUGAAGAACAGGAAUACAAAGGGCUGGUUAGGAAAGUAUUACCAGAUGUAUUAGGUUUAUUUAAUUCUCGUUUAUGGAACCUAAUUUGGAGUCCCAAUGUUUAGAAUUAACAACAACAGUACUGAUGCUUAUUGGGGUCAUAAAACAAGUUUAGAUUGGAAAAACACACUACCACAACACAAAAUACUGCAACUUUUGUUUAAUCUUUUUUCUAAGUACUACUUUUGUGGUGCUUUACUAAGAGAUUUUUAAUGGGAAUGGAUGAAUGUUUUAAGGUUU